CGGGAGGCGCUUCCACGGCGCUGUUUUCGAGCGUACCCUCGCGGAGCGGAGGACGGGGUGUCGGGCUCGCUCCCGGUACCUCCGGUAUCAUUCAAGUUACAGCUGUGUUCUCUCAGGAGACGAAGGCGCACAACGACGAGAGGAUACGAAUGUCAAGAUCAACCGGGGCUACCGGAAACCGGUUUUGUUGUGUGGCGGGAAGCCCGUUUGUUGUUUAGAUAACGGUUAGCAGCUAGCUAGCAGCGCGCGUCUCUCAACCGGUAACCGGGAGUUAGCUUCGGGAGGAGACGGCUCACCGCCGCCCCGUAAAGCUACGGUACGUCUUUACCGGGACUGUAUCACGUGAUGGACCGAGGAGCUAACCGGUAAAUACGCAGGGAAUCCUAACGGAUGUAGCCUGACGUCAGUUAGUUAGCAUCGGGCCCGAGUGCCAGAAGACUUCCUUCCUUCCUUCCUUCCUUUCCUCCUUCCUAGCUGGCAGACGAGUGUCAGACCUUCUCUUCUUCCAUGAUCACAAUGGAGUCCGCCCUCAACCCUCUGCCCCACUUCUCAGAAAACUCCUAUAAAAUGACCGAGGAGGACGUGAAGCGGCUCAUUGAGUUCAGAGCGUCCAACGAGGCUUUGUUCACCGGGAAGAGGAACUCUGCUAAGAUCGCCUGGAGCACCAUCUUAAAGGGCCUCGGUCUUGAGGGGAAACUCACAGCUGAUCAAAUCGCCAAAAAGUGGGACAACCUGCGGACUAAAUACAAGGACCUGAAGCAGCCGUACCAGGGCCAGGACAGCAUUGGGGGGGCGGGGGAGUCGUGGCCCUGGUUCCACAUCAUGGACGAAGCCAUGCACGGCCGCCUCUACAACGGCAGCCUGGUGCUGGGCCCGGAGGCCGCCGCCCACAACCCCCCCCGCUGCUGUGGGGGGGGCCUCCGGUCCGACCACCAGGAGAACACCGACAUCCUGGAGUUCCUCAUCAAGACGGAGAUGGACGACACGGCGGCUCAGGAGGCCGCCAGCGACGGGGGGGCGAUCAACGCGCCUCCCACCGAGGGCGUCCCCAUGGGCUGGAGGAGGAUGAGCGAGUGCUCCUAUAAGAUGACUGAAGCGGAGACGGAGAGGAUGAUCAAACUCCGAGCUGCUAACGAGGCUCUUUUCACCGGCAGGAAGCACUCAGCCAAACCUGCCUGGAGAGCCAUCCUCUACGAGCUGGGGCUGCAGGGGAAGCUGACCACGGAUCAGCUGGCCAAGAAGUGGGACAACUUGAAGAGGCGGUACAAGGAGCUGAAGUUUCCUGCCCGCGGCGUGGAGACCAACCCCAGCUCCUGGCCCUGGUUCUACCGCAUGAACGACGCCAUGGAGGGCCGCUUCGCCGGGGCGGCGCCCAUCCUCACGCCCAUCGUGGAGGACGAGGACGAGGACUGCGAGCCGCUGUCGCCGACGCCCAGGAAGCGCGCGCGGCGCAGCCGGGGCGGGAUGGCCGAGUUCCUGACGGAGUCGGAGAUGGACCUGCUGGUGGAGCACGAGGACAAGAGCGGGGCGGGGUCUCUGGGGGAGCUGCAGAGGAUGGAGUUCACCUACAAACUGACGGAGGACGACACCCGGCGACUGAUCGAGCUCCGAGCCGCCAACGAGUCGCUGUUCACUGGGAGGAGGAACACGGCCAAGCCGGCCUGGAGGGGCAUCGUGAAGGAGAUGGGCCUCACGGGGAAGAUAACACCUGACCAGGUCGCCAAGAAGUGGGACAACCUGAAGACCAAGUUCAAGGACCUAAAGUUCCCCCCUCGCGGCAUGGAGGCUCAGACCAACCCGGCCUCCUGGCCGUGGUUCCAGCUGAUGAACGAGGCCCUGGAGGGGCGGCUGGCGGGAAAAGCCCCCCGAGUGGCGCCCGUGUGGAGCAGCGAGGAGGACGGCGUCUUCGUCGCGUCCCCCCCCCACCCCCCCGACAGAGAGUGUCUGCUGGUGGAGAGGAGCGGCGUGUCGGAGCUAGAGAGCCUAGGGGGGGGCGAGGGGAACGUGACCUACAUCGACGCCAGCGGGGAGGAGUGCUCCACGCCCUCCGACCUCUGCUACAAGAUGACGGACCAGGACACCAGAAAGAUGAUCCAACUACGCUCUGCUAACGAAGGCCUCUUCACCGGCAGGAGGAACGCCGCCAAGGCUGCCUGGAAGGCGAUCCUGAAGGAGCUGGGUUUGGGAGGGAAGGUUUCCACCUAUCAGAUGGCAAAAAAGUGGGACAACCUGAAGAGAAGAUACAAGGACCUGAAGUUUCCUCCUGUGGGGAUGGAGAACGUAGCAGACAGCACCUCCUCGUGGCCGUGGUUCCACCUGAUGAACGAAGCGAUGGAGGGCCGCCUGGCGAGCAGCGCCCCCCUCCUCACCCCCGUCACUCAGGGCGACGAGCAGCAGCCCUCCCCCCGACACAAGUCCCGCCUCGCCCCUCCCCCCCCCUCCUCCUCCUCCUCGGACUAUGGACAGCAGGCCUUUGGCGACGGCGGCGAGCAGAACCAGCGCGGCCCGGAGGUGGGGAGCGAGGGGCCGCUGGGAGGACUGGAGCGGGAGUGGGAGGCGGUGGAGCGGGAGAGGGAGGCGGUGGAGCGGGAGAGGGAGGCGGUGGAGCGGGAGAGGGAGGCGGUGCAGGCGGAGCGGCUGUGGCUGGAGAGGGAGAGGGAGGCGGUGGAGCGGGACCGGGCCAUGGUGGAGCAGGAGAGGGCCACGCUGGGCCGGGACCGGGAGGCUCUGGACCAGCGGGUCCUGAUGCUGAACUCUGUGGGACACUCGGGACACCUCAACGCCCUCAUGUAGACUAGCACUCUUCCUGUCACCACACAGACACCCUGGUCCAGGAGAGACCAGGAGAGACCAGGAGGGACCAUGUGGGACCAUGAGGGACCAGGUGGGUCUGCACACUGAGCUAGGUCUCAUGAUCCACCCGGUUCUAACAUUUCUGAAAGUGAAACCACGAGACGCCUUCUAGUCUGGACCCUCUGAGCUCCUCCGGUCUGCAGGUUUCAUUCUGAAGGGGCGGAGCUUGUUCUCGUCUCAGAGCCGACAGCUGACCAAGGGUCGACAGGCCUUUCUGUUGUCAUGGAAACCAUGGAGCUCUGUGACACCAAACCACAUUCAUGGGUUCAUUUGGGCUCCACCCACUUUUUUGUAUUUAUUUCCGUCCUUUUGUAUUGUUUCUAUUUAAGAGGCGACGUCUUGUGACAUCACUUCCUGCCGCCUCUGAACAUGUGACAUGAAGGUGUUUUUAGGACGAAGUGACUUUUCUGUAGAGAUUAAAAAGCUUCAUUGUGA